AUUAGGCCAACGGCGCGUUAAGCUUUAGUCUGUUGUGGUGUGAUAAAAAUACGUUAGUAAUCAAUUGCAACUCCAAUAGCAUAGACACAACUCGACAAUAUAGCGCGUCUAGUCUUCCAAAACACAGCCCAGUGUUAUCAUUUUUUUUGUUUCCACAACACCGGACCUUAGGAUAAUCUCGGUCGUCAUAUAGCUUAAAACCGUUGCGUACACACCAAAAACAAAACCGUUCAAACGCCAACAACAAGUUUCAGCGUAUCUACUAAAAAAUUUUAGUUUAGUUUACGUACUCGGUGUGGCAUAAAAUCCAUCAUCAGUUGUUGGUUGAUAAACGAGACGGUGAAAUCGUUUAACGCUUUUAAAUUACCAAAAAAAAAAUAAAAAAAAGACUUUUUUCCUAAAACCAACCCUUAUUCACACACACAUACACACAAAGACACAAUGAGGUCCCAUAUGUUAUCACUUGCCUGCGUGUGCUCUGUCCUUGCUUUUGUGGCGGCUGUCCCUCUGCCAGCAUCAAAUCAGGAACUUGAUGUGUUACAGAUCCCACUGUCAAAUGGAAAGGAAUUGGAUGUUCUAACACUGGGUUCCAAUGACCAAGAACAACUCAUUGCAGAACGUAAUAAGCGAACAAUUGGUUUACUACGUGAACUGUUUCCCGAUUUAACUAAGACAAUAGAUGAUAUUGUAAAUCGUAUUAUUGCCCAAGUGAUAAGAGUUGCAGGUCCAGAUGUAUUGCGUGCCGUAUUGGGCAAUCGUAAUUCGACGCCACGUACCAAUAUCGAUGCCGAUUUCGAUGAUGAUGACGACGAAGAUGAGGAGGAUGUGGGUUCGAAUAAUUCCAUUGAUAAUGAAAGUAAAUCUACCACGGAGGCGAGCAACACCGCUAAUGGUAAUGGUGGUGAUGCUGAUAAUACCCGGGUGAAAAUCGAUUUACCCACAUUUCCACCCCAGACCAGUGCUGAUUCAAGCAAUGUGAGUUCCAGAAAUUCCGAGACAAGUUUCUCAAUAUCCUCUACAACAACUACAACCACAACGACUAGCAGUCCAACUACUCCUUCCUCUACCACAACUACCACCACCACUCCCGCCACAACAACCUCAACUACCACUGAACCUCCUCCAACUACUACCACAACAACAACUGAAAUUCCAACCACCACCACUACCACUUCAACCACUCCCUCAAGUCCCAUUUACAUUGUGCCCCAAAGAACAACCCGAGAUAAUCCGCCAACCACUACUUCCUCAAUUCCACAAAUCUCCACCCCAACCUUACCCACCACACCAGAAACCUCCACAUUUCCCACACAACGUCCAAAUCCUCCAAUUUCCGAUAUAAUUUUAACAAAUUCCCUUAACAAUUUCCCCACAACAACAUCAAAUGUUGAUUUAUUGCCCAGUCCAGGUAAUGCCAAUAAUGGCAACCCUGCCAGUGGCAAUAGUUUACAAUUGAUGGAAAUUAUCGAUAAUUUAAAUCGUUUAUUAAAUAGUACCAAUUAUUUUAUUGCCAGUAGAGAUAAUUUAUCGUCUUCAUCAUCGCCGAACAACAACAACACAACAGGAUUUACGCCUACAACCCAAACAUCAACAACAACUUCAGUUCCAACAACACCCAAAAUUACCAAACUAUUACCCGUCGAUAGUAAUGUCAUCAACUAAUCGAACGAAUCCAACUGUAGAUUUGAUAUCAUCGCUCCACGAUAUGUACAUCCCCAUAUAUUUUUAUAGAAAAUACAACUCUGUUUUAGUAUCAGCUGUAGUUUGAAACAUAAUCGACGCUCUGCGAAAAAAGAGUAAACAAAGCACAUCAUCAUUUGGAAAUCUCAACUGCACCCAUAGGAUUGAUUCAUCACCACUUCAUAACCGAAAAAAACAAAUCGAUAGCACAUUUAGUUUUUGUCUCUCACUCUCUCUCUCUUUCGCAAAAGAAAUUUUGAGAGUAUUUUCAUUUGUUUUUCGGCAUUUUAUAUAUACUUAAGCUCCGUUCUCCAGAACCUGCAAAGAAUGUAAACAAUACGAUAACCGAUUUUUCCUUUAUGAUAUCGAAAGAAAUUGCAAUUUUUGCAGUUUCUGGAACAGAGCAUAUCUUAUUCAUAGUUGUAUUUCAUCGUUUGUAGUUCCUUAUAAAUAUAAAUUUUUUUUCACUUGAUUAAAAUUACCAAAAGCUUCAGGUCAAUGAAGAAAGGGGCUUAAAUCAUUUCCAACACAAUCGCUCAAACGAUAUUAACGUUUUCAAAUAUUAUUGGGUUUAGAGUAUCAUUAGGAUUUCUUUUGACUUAUACCCACAUAUUUAAAGUCAAAAUGAAGCUUGGCGAUGCUCCAAAUCGUAAUAUUGCUAAUGUGUAUAGCGUUUUUAGAUAUAAUCCCUCACGACGAAGGAAAAAACACAUUGAAGCUGCUUGUCUAAAACGCCUAGUUUAGACUAAUUUGUUAAAAAAUUUAAAUCAGAUGAAAAAUUCUUUGCAAAACACACUCAUCGGCCUACAAAGGCCAAAACAGAAUGAACGCGUUGUGCAUUUUAUCAUUUCACGUUUUAUUGUUAAAAUUUAAAUCGCUCGUUCAUCGGUUCUCUAUUGUUGUCAAUAUAUCGAUAACGCAAAACGCUCAAACGCAUCUAUUUUGUUUGCCAUAUGAUAUUUUGCGUGUUGCCACAUAAUUUGAUUUUUAGCAGCUUCUUUGUGUAUAUGUUCUAAAGCUGAAGACACAUAAUUCUCAUGGCAACUCUUACACCAUUGCUUGGCACCACAUCUGUAAUGGGAUGCUCUAAAAAAACGACAAAAAUCUGUGACUUAAAAACGCAAAAUUUUCAUGCAAAACAUAAUCGGUUUCUAUGAAUAGGUCCAUGGCAGAAGAAUAGAAUCCGUGAAUAGGUCCGUGGCAUUGACACAGCUGCUGGGGCAAUGAACUGUCAAACCAAAAUUUUUGAAUGAAAAAUUAUUUAAAUUUGUAAAAAUUGUUGAAAAAUGCAUAUCAUAACAAGCCUUGAUUGGUGUCGUAUAAGAAAACAUAUAAAAAUCUAGUUAUUUUUGUCAAAACAUAUAAAAAUCUAGUUAUUUUUGUCAAAACAUAUUAAAUUUUGACAUAAUAAUGUUCCCCAGCGUUGAUGCAUCUACCUGUAUUCUUCUACCAAGGGCCUUAGCGAGUACUUCAUUAGCAUCGCUAACUUAUCGGCAAUUUUUCUUAAUCAACGAAAUUAGAAUUGAAAAAUUGUGCUAAUCUAUAAAACUGUUAAUUAGUUAAAGAAUCCCUGCUAAAAUAGUAAAGAACUGUGAGAGCCGCAUUUUAAUUAGGUCGCACUUCUUCUUUAUUCUUAUACAUAAAAUGCUGCCACGCAAUGGUGCCAAUGCGUUUUGCAAUUAAAGCUCUUCAUUGACUUGGAACACCAAUGUCUGUAAUUUAGUAAUUGUUUAUAUCGGUAGUUUUAGCUGGGUAACAAUAUUUAUAAAUCAUAUUCAUUUUAACAAAUAAUUUGAUAGAUAAUACGAAAGGCAUGAGACUUUUCUAAAUUUUUAGCUGAAACCAAACAUUAAUCUAUAUAAUUAAGAAAAAUUUUGCAAACAACCAACUCUCAAAAUCGACAGUUAGUCUUCGAUGCUGGAUUUGUUUUAAUGGAUAAAUUUGUAAGGUUAGUUAACAAAGUAGAUAUAACGGCAAGAUUCGUACAACUCCUUUCAGAUGAACCAGUUCAUUAUCAGUGAACCAGUUUCAUUAUCAGUGAACUAGUUCCUCUGUGAACUACAUAACUCUGAUAUACAAGCUCCUUUUAUUAUUGAUACACAGAACAACUGAAUUGUUUUUCAUUUCGUUUUAGUUCAUAGUUUCAUCUUUCAAAUUAAGGGGAUGGAACCAGUUUGAACUAGUUCCUCUGUGAACUGCAAAGAACUUCUGUUCUCGGGUCGCCUUUCUUAAUAUUACACAGAGCAACUAAGUUCUCUGUUUCCCUUUUUUUAGUUCAUAGUUUCAACUUUUAAAUUAAGAGUAAUGAACCAGUUUUUAUUAAGGGAACUAGUUCACCUGUGAACUGUACAGAACAACUGAAUGGUUUUUUUUUAAGUUCAUAGUUUGAUCAUCCUAAUUGACAGAAAUUAACCAGUUUCUCUCAGGUGACUCUGGGUAAUGUAAAUACAAUUUGGAUUUUCUUUUAUCUUCCAAAUUAGGAGGAUUGAGCCAGUUUCUUUCAAGUGAACUAGUUCUUCUAUGCGAACUAGUUACUAGCGCAAAAUUAUUCGUGACGCAAAACAACUGAGCUCUCCUUUUUUCCUUUUUUGUUUAUAGUUUCAACUUUCAAAUUCAAUGAACUAGUUCCCCUGUGAACUGCAGUUCACACUGUGUAUCCACUCUCUUCCUCUAACACUGAAUGGGAACUAGUUCCCUAAUAUUAUCUGGAGUAGGAGAAGUAAAGAUCAAGAACUCGAUAACUUGAGAGCGAGAUAAAGUUGAACAGUCCCUAUCAAUGGAUAGCUUCUUUCAAAAAGUUACUGAACCGGGAUAUUUAAUUUUUAUGAUAAUUGGUGCCCAAUAAGGGGCUCAUAAUAAGACCCUUACAAAAUAAUCCGCCUGAUGAUAUCAGGUUUAAAAAUUGUGUCUUAUUAUACAAUAAUUUUGCAGCUAUUUAAAAUUUAAAUGGCGCUCAAUUAUGCAAAAAUAUAUAUUUCUAUUUUUUUUAAUUGCAAAUAAAUAUUUUAUCUAAUUUAAAAAGAUUAAACUGCGUAGGUUAGUACAUUGAAGGGAAAAAAUGUUUUUGCAUAAAGAGGCAAGAAGAAUAGACAUAAAUAUAUUCAUUUUUCUCUUGUCUUGGUCGGAAAUUCAGUUCUGUCUGCUUGCAAUUGUUUUUUUUUUUUUUAUUACCCCGCGUUUGUAAAGCUCUAUCGUUCAUCGCUUAGCCUCGUCACACAAAUAGCGCGACAAAAAGGUUCCUCACCCAAAAAAUAAACUCAUCCACCUAAUCAGCUCUAUCUCCUCUUCCUUUCUAAUUGGUAUACCAACAUAAAAAUUCAUUACAAAAUCCUUCUUUUUUUCUUUUGUUAAUUUUUUCCACCCAAAAAAAAACUGAAACCUAUUUACCCCGCCACAACAACAACAAACAAACAUUAAAAUUUCUUAACUAUCCCCGUCCCAACACCAUCCACCUAUGCAAACCUAAACGUUGCUGUUGUAGCAAAUCGAUGCCCAGGCCAAUAUGAUUAUUUCGAAAAUUUUGCGCACCUUGGGCCCCACCAUUUUGCGUACCGCUGUCCAGGGUAAUACCGCCAAUCGUGCUCGUGCCAAUUUCGAUGCUGAUUUUGAUGAUGACGAUG